ACUGGCACGAGGUGGUGGACAGCUUCGACGAGAUGAACCUGUCGGAGGCGCUGCUGCGCGGGAUCUACGCCUACGGCUUCGAGAAACCUUCAGCUAUCCAACAACGGGCUAUCCUGCCUUGUAUCAAAGGCUAUGACGUCAUCGCGCAGGCGCAGUCGGGCACAGGUAAAACCGCCACCUUCGCCAUCUCCAUCCUGCAGCAGGUGGAGCUGGAGCUCAAGGCCACCCAGGCCCUCGUGCUCGCCCCGACCCGCGAGCUCGCCCAGCAGAUCCAGAAGGUGGUGAUGGCCCUCGGGGACUACAUGGGCGCCUCAUGCCACGCCUGCAUCGGCGGCACCAACGUCCGGGCCGAGGUGCAGAAGCUGCAGCUGGAGGCGCCGCACGUGGUGGUGGGGACGCCCGGGCGCGUCUUCGACAUGCUCAACCGCCGGUACCUCUCCCCAAAAUUCAUCAAGAUGUUCGUGCUGGACGAGGCCGACGAGAUGCUGAGUCGGGGAUUUAAGGAUCAAAUCUACGACAUUUUCCAGAAGCUGAGCGGGAACACGCAGGUGGUGCUGCUGUCGGCCACGAUGCCCCUGGACGUGCUGGAGGUCACCAAGAAGUUCAUGCGGGACCCGAUUCGGAUCCUGGUGAAGAAGGAGGAGCUGACGCUGGAGGGGAUCCGGCAGUUCUACAUCAACGUCGAGAGGGAGGAGUGGAAGCUGGACACUCUGUGUGACCUGUACGAGACACUGACCAUCACCCAGGCCGUGAUCUUCAUCAACACCCGGCGCAAGGUCGACUGGCUGACGGAGAAAAUGCACGCGAGAGAUUUCACUGUGUCUGCCAUGCACGGGGACAUGGACCAGAAGGAGCGUGACGUCAUCAUGAGGGAAUUCCGGUCGGGCUCCAGCCGGGUGCUGAUCACCACCGACCUGCUGGCCCGGGGCAUCGACGUCCAGCAGGUGUCGCUGGUGAUCAACUACGACCUCCCGACCAACCGGGAGAAUUACAUCCACCGGAUCGGCCGCGGGGGCCGCUUUGGCCGGAAGGGCGUGGCCAUCAACAUGGUGACGGAGGAGGACAAACGGACGCUGCGGGACAUCGAGACGUUCUACAACACGGCCAUCGAGGAGAUGCCGCUCAACGUGGCCGACCUCAUCUGA